AUUUUAAUAUUCAGGAAAGUUGAAGCCCAACAAACCAUCUUCACAUCUUAUUAUACUGUCUUCUUUUGCAUAACCCCCUCUUUUUUAUAAUUAAAUAAAUUAUGAACUGUGAAUGCAAACAAAUGCUUGUGAUACGACUCUUUACUUUCCCUCUUCCUAUCUUCUUUGUCAUAUAACGCCUCUCUCCCUCUCCCCCUCGCCCACACAUACUACACAUACAAACCCAAGCCCAGGCUGCUCUGUAUUCUGCGUCUGCUUUCACAGCUCUUUUUUCCUUUUGAAUGCCAAUAAUUUGCUUCGGAAUAUGAGAAGGCCGUUCCGAUAUUCCCACAAAUGCGACUACUUCGAUGCCUUGCCAGACGAUCUCGUGGUUUCCGUUCUCUCCAAGCUCAGCUCCACUGCUUCCUCUCCUUCCCAUUUCAUCAACGUUCUCCUAACAUGCAAAAGACUGAACCGACUGGCUCUCCAUCGUCUCGUAUUAGCCAGAGCGGGUCCUAGAGUAUUUACCUUGAAGGCGAGAAACUGGUCGGAAUCCACUCAUCGAUUUCUCAAACUCUGUGUUAACGCUGGGAACGUCCACGCUUGCUACACUCUUGGAAUGAUCCGUUUUUAUUGUUUGCAAAGUCGAAAGAGCGGGCUGGCUCUUAUGGCCAAGGCAGCUAUGAAGUCUCACGCGUCGGCGCUUUACUCCCUUGCCGUGAUACAGUUCAACGGCAGCGGGGGCUCGAAGCGCGAUAAGGAUCUUCGAGCCGGCGUGGCUUUAUGCGCACGAGCAUCUCUCCUCGGUCACAUCGAUGCGCUUCGUGAGUUAGGCCAUUGCCUCCAAGACGGCUAUGGCGUGCGGCAGAACAUCGACGAGGGACGGCGUUUGCUCGUUCAAGCCAACGCGCGUGAGCUUGCCUACGUUAUAAGCUCCGUCUCGCAAUCGUCUUCGUCUCCCUCCUGCUCCUCCUCUCUGCUGACGUGGCAUACUCACCGGUAUCAGAACAGCCCAUGCCCGGCGGGUUCGAUUUGUUCGCUGAGCAAUCCGGAGGUCCACCAGCCGAACUUGUUUCUGAGGGAGUGGUUCGAGUCGGGUCGUGGAGUGCGAGCGGAGGGUCUGAGACUGUGCGCGCACAUUGGAUGCGGUCGUCCGGAGACGCGACCGCACGAGUUUCGCCGGUGCUCUGUUUGCGGCAAGGUGAACUAUUGCUCUCGUGGUUGUCAAUCGCUCGACUGGAAAUUACGACACAAGAUGGAAUGCUCGCCGGUUGAACUGCGGAUUGAGGAUAACGGUGUCGUUGGUGGAGGAGGAGGAGGAGAGGCUGACGGAGAGGGUGGUGCCGACGUGGCAAAUAACGUGGCCGUCGGAUGAGGGAGAUGAAUCUCCCAGCCUAAUUACAGGGUACAGUUUUCCUUUCCCAACAGACUGGGGCAAUGCCCAGUUUUCUGGAGUUUUUGAGUUCGUUUGAGAAGUUGUCGUAAUCCUCACAGUAAAUAUUAGAAAUUUGUUAGAUAUUCUGGAGUUUAUUUUGCCCUCCCGGAUGUGUCAUAAAUACAGGUAUAUUAAUAAUUGAAAUAAAUUACAUUUCUUAGCA